AUGAAAAAGAAAAGAGUCAAAUAUUUGGCUAUUAUUAAUUAUUUCUCAGAUGGUACAUCAACUAUUAGAAACUAUGUUAAAAAGGAAUUGUUUUCAUUGAAAAAUGAAGUGAAGGAAUUUGAGUUAUAUGAUAUCAAAAUUCAAAAAUAUAAAGAUUUGGUUAUUAAUAGUGAACUUUACAAUCCCAUAGUAAUAUCAUCAUCAUUACCGAUCAGUUUAAGGCGGAAAAAUACAUUUCAAGUAGUACCAAGGAAUCUAAAGCUCUUGAUGGGUUUGAACGGAAAUUUGUUCAACCUGUGUGGGGAAGGAUUGGGGGGGGAGAUUCAUUUGUGGAGAUUUCAUGAAAGUUGUUUAGAUUCAAAUGACAUUAUUAAAUUCUAUGGAUUUACAAAAAAUCCAGAUACUUCGAAUUAUAUGGUUGUAUUGGAUUAUGCAAACAAAGGUAAUUUAAGAGGAAAUUUAACAAAAAUAAUCAAAAAUGAUUGGAAACAAAAAUUACAUAUGUUGAAUGAUAUUAUUUCUGGUCUUGAUAAGAUACAUAAACAAAAUCUUAUUCAUUGUGAUUUUCAUGAUGGUAAUAUUUUAAAUCAUAAUGUUAUAAAUGAGGAUAAAAUUUAUAUUAGUGAUUUAGGAUUAUGUCGACCUGCAAAAUCAUUUUUGAAAAAAUAUGAUAUUUAUGGUGUUGUACCAUUUAUGGCACCUGAAAUUUUAAGAGGCAAUUCUCAUACUCCAGCUAGUGAUAUAUAUAGUUUUUCUAUGAUCAUGUGGGAAUUUACAUCUGGAGUAUCACCAUUUAGUAAUAGAGAACAUGAUAUUCAACUUAGUUUAAGUAUUUGUAAAGGUGAACGUCCUGAAAUUAUUCAAAAUACUCCGCAAUGUUAUGUAGAUUUGAUGAAAAAGUGUUGGAAUGAAGAUCCAUUAAAAAGGCCAACUUCUGAAGAAGUUUCAAAUAUUAUUGAAGAAUGGAUUUAUCUUCCUUUUGAAAAAGAAAUCAAAGAUAUUAGUGAAGAAUUAAAACACAAUGUUAUGGAAUUUAUAAAUGCACCAAUUUGGCAUAAUGAUCUUGAUACUGAAUCUCAUCCACAAGCACAUUAUACAAGUCGCUUACUUGAUUUCAAUAGUAAAAAAUUGAAUGAAAAUCUUGAAACUGAAGAUUCACAAGCUAGUGUAAAUGUGAAUGAAUUGUUAGUAAGUGAUAACUUGAAUGAAUAUAUAAUUAAAGAUUUGAAGUCUGAAGAUUCACAAGCUAGUGUAAAUGUGAAUGAAGUGCUAAUUUAUUUAAACACUAAAGCUAAAGUAGUAAAAUAUUUACAUGUUUCUUAG